AUGGCGUUGAAACUAGAGACGAUCAAUAUCCCUCACCUGCCAGCCUCGCUGCCAGUGCAUGUGGCGCUGUACCGUAAUGUCCAGAAUUCGGCCUUUUUGCGGCAGCAGUUGCUUGCCGGCAAUUCAGAGUUUGAAUAUGCCUUAAUUGACGCGAGCAUGGUCCUAUCUAGGGCCCAUGCAUUGGCCGCCGUCUUCCGUGCGGUGAAUGACUACAUGAACAACCGGCUCAAGUCCCGCAAUGUGCACUCGGAGAUUGUGUUCUCCUUCAACCCGACAAAUAAUAUCGCCGAGUCAUUCCGCAAAUUUGGCAUUGCUGACUCCACCAAAGACUUGCUGGUUGUUAAAGUCUCCGUGACUCCGGAGAUAACACAUGACUCCGUUGCCGCGCAUUUGGAAAGUUCUAUCGAAGGAACUUCCGUUCCUUUCGAUGACCUCACAUUGUCUGAGAUAUCCGACAUUACCAAGAUCAAGAAGCUCUACAAGCUCGGUGCCUUGCCUUCACCGGCGGCUAAGGCAGAUCCUAGCCAGCCCAAUGGUACACACACCGAUGACGCCCAGAGACAACUGGAACUUUCAAUGCUGGGAGCUAUUGCUCUACGGGGAUCAUGA